CCUCCCGUCCACCACGCCCCGUCCGCGCAGCAUGUCCUCCCUCGUCUCUUCCGAUCCCAUCGCUGCGCCCGCAGCAGCAGCGGGCACAAAUGGCGCCGCCGCCGCCGCCGCCGCCGCCGCACCGCCCGUGUGGCAGAACCCCUACGCCAACCACCGCGCCCUGAGCGCAGAGGAGGCCGAGCUGCUGGGCGAGUACGCGCGCCUCGCCGACACGAUCCGCCGCAUCACCCAGAUCUCGGCGCCCCUCUCGUCGCCCGCGCGCCACGCGUCGCUGCUGACGCAGCUGCGCGUGCUGGAGCGCAAGAUGGGCCUCGUGCUCACGCUCUUCAAGGCCUCCGUAUGGGCGCUCGUCGUGGAGCAGCAGGACCUGGCCGAGGAGGAGGAGCGGCGGAGGGAGGAGGAGGAGCGGUGGGAACAGCAGGCAGCAGGAGGGGACGAGACGGCGAGAUAUGAGUACUAGGCACGGCCGGCUCGGACGGAGCAGGCCGCUGAGCGCUCAACGCGGCGCGAAACGCUCCUUGCGGGCCAGCAGGGCUUGCAUCUCCACCUCUGGCGCUCUCUCGCAACGCUCCUAGCGGGCCAGGGCUUGCGCCUGGACCUUUCGCUCUCUGUAUUUGUAACCUCGACCAACUCAUACCUUCUCUGCA